GAGAGUGGCAUGUUGGGCUGAACGACUGACGCAACAGAGUGAAAUCAAUUAAAAUAACUUUUGUUUUUAUCCCAGGGGAAGGAAAACAACAUGAAUAAAGCAGAGUGGCUGUGAUGUUUGUUUCCUUAUACCCAAUUUCAGUGACAAAGUACUUGCAGAACAAAUGUUUCCAUAACACACCAUGAUCUGGAGAAGUGUUGGUUAUGAACAUGAAACCCACCUGUCAGCUUCCUCUGUCUCUGAUAUGUAACCAGUGUGUGUUCUAGUUGGUUCUGCUGGGAAACACGGAAACGCACAGUUUGAUCUUAUUGGUCAGCUGCAGCCUUGUGCCGUCUAUAAAACGCACGGCAAGCGCUCCGGAGCUGAGACCGUCUGAGGGCGCAGAGCAGCGCCGCAGAGCGCACAGGCUUACCCGGGGAGAAACACCUGUUAUUGACGGAGCAAGUGGACAAAGACGAGUGGGUCCCCUGUCUGUGUUGCUACACACCUGACUGAGUUGACUCCUUGCAGCCCACACAUCCCACUGUCCUGUGGGACCAUGUGGGUUCUGGAUAAGAUCCGCGGAUCUGUGGAGACUGGUGUGUUGCGGCAGGGGGAAAACGGAGACAAGAAAGGCGUCGCCUACAGCAACGUCCUCACCCCAGACAAGAUCCCAGACUUCUUCAUUCCUCCAAAGCUGGUCAGCGGCCCCCCAGAACCUGAGGUUACUAUUGUGAAACCCAAAGAAGGACUGCAACCCUCAACUUCAGAGCAAACUAUUGGCAGUGGGAAGAAGAUCAGCAGCCCGAGAAGUCCACGCCUGGUCGCCAAGAUCGCAGGAGACACCAAGAACUUGCUGAGAGCUGCAAACCGUCAUAUCAUACAGAUAGAGAGUGCUGAUGAUGUUGGAGACACCAAUGCAGACCCCCAGUCGCAGACAGCGAUGUCCCUGCCUUAUGUGCCCAAGACUCAAACGCCUUAUGGCUUUGCAACCCUGAAGGAAAGCCCACACACUCGGCGUAAAGAGUCCCUGUUCCACUGCGAGCUCACCAGUCCCAUCACCUCCCCAAACACCCAGAGAAGGACCCAGGGGAGAAGCAGUGAAGCAGGGAACCACUUGAACCCAGCUGACUUCAACACUUCUCACAUGAAUCCGUAUCGGUACUUCAGCGGAGGAGAAAGUGAUACCUGCUCCUCGGCUGAGUCCUCUCCCUUCAGCUCUCCGCUGCUCUCCCGCUCUGCCUCCCUGCUCAAGAUCUUCACCCAUGAGACGCAAGCCAAAGUCGUUAAAGCCAAGCGGACGUUUGCUCGCCACAGCUCCCUCUCCACUGACGAGUGCAGCUCAGCUGAGCCCAGCCCCAACAUCCAGCGACGGCUCCAUGUCCCCUCCUGCCACGGAGCCGGAGGAUCAGACCACGGGCUCCAUCGGGAGCAAACCCUGAACCUGCACAAAGGCGGAUCAGUGAGGAUCAGCGCCAACUAUGACUCCAGCACAUCCCGCCUGCUCAUUCGCGUCCUGGCGGCGGAGAGUCUUUACGACAAGCACGUUGACAUCAAGAGCAUCAACUGCUGCGUGUCCAUCUACCUGAACCCGGGCAAGCUGCAGAAGCAGAGGAGCAACAUCAUCAAGAACAGCCGCAACCCGGUCUUCAACGAGGACUUCUUCUUUGACUCGAUAAGCUCGGUUCAGGUGAAGAACAUGUCUGUGAAGUUCAAGGUGGUGAACAAAGGCACCAGCCUCAAGAGGGACAACCUGCUGGGGGAGCGAGAGGUGCCGCUGACGAAACUGCUCUCAGGGGUUUAAAGCCACGGGACCUGGCGGUCAAACGAGGCAAAAAACAAGAACACUGAUUAAAACUUAAAUUAGAUGUUUGCACUGGUUUCUAUUCAAAUUGCUGUUUUUGUUCCACUAAAUGAAAACAGUGAACGUUACGAUGAAGGGCGAGGAGCAGGGAGGGUUUCCAGUAAUUGAAAUAUAUUCCUGGAAGGAAAGAAAGGCUUUUUUUUCUGUGAUCUGAAAAUACUGCAAAGCUCUGAAAAUGAACCUCUUGAUGUAUGUGGACGGAUGAAGGAUUUACUGUAGUCAAGGCUCGCCUGGAUCCUUCAUCCCCAAUAAUGAAUGCUCAUUAAACCAAGCCGGUCUCGACAGCAACAGAUGAAUUUGACAGAUGAAAGGUGUUUUUUUUUUCCUGGACGUAUCUCCCCCGCCAACUUCCUCAGCCAGGUCUAGUUCAAAGGUUGGACGACACCUGUGCAUCAGCCCGUCUCGCUGUCCUUGCCUGCACUGUGUUGGUCAUGUGUGGCAUGGUUUUAUUAUUGUAAUGUGACAUAAAUCCACGGCAGCAGAGGAAGCGAGUGUACAUCAGCCGCGCCAUGUGUGCAGCACAAAGAUGCCUUUGUGAAUCGGAGCUUUGAAGUGGCACUACAUCCUGAUGUGCAAAUGACCCUUUGAUCCCAGUUGCCAUGGCCCACCUCCUACUGGGGAAGACGAGGGACAAACAGAGCAGCUACAAUAGUCGCAUUAAGAUGCACAUGAUAGAAAUAGAAAUUAUAACACUAUGAUUGGCAUAAUCUGAUCUGAUUCUGUAUUAAUAGAAAGCAGAACUCCAGUUACAUUUAUGUGUUGCCAAAACCUCUAAGUUUUGUCUGUAAAUUAGUAAAAUUAAAGUAACAUUAAGAUUAAAGGUGCCCUGUGGAGUUUUAUUUUAAACAAUCGAACAUUGUCUUCACAUUCAAGCCCCGUGAACGUGUACAGAUGUUUUAAAAACAGAUAUUUUCCUCUCUGUUGUAAAAAAAACAACGUUCGUCCACAUUAUCUUUGAACUUAGAUAUUAGAAAACAAGUUUUAGUAACCUAAAACUCUGUUGACGUGCGGAUAAGAACCCAAAACGUAGAGGAAAAUAUCAGUUUUCAAAGACAUCUGUAUACAUGUGUUUUACUAAAAUGCUUUGUGUGAAUCCCCCAGGACUAACAAAUGUGUGAAAUGCACUUCCUUCCCCAUAAAACCCAUUUUAAAUAUUUAAAACCUUGCAUUGUUUACAUCCAAGCUUGUUUGAUAUCAUUCCUUUAUGUCGACUGCAUUUGACGGUGCAUUACGACAUUUGUUUGUCGAUUAGCAAAUCCGUGUGAAACCAGCGGCAGGAUGUGAAGUGCAGAGUAGCUCUCUCACAAUGCUCCACAGCACUACUCCUGGUCAAAAACUCCACAGGGCACUUUAAAGUUUAUGUUUCUUUUCAGAAAUUGUAAAAAUCUGCCUGUGUAGUAAGAAUGUUUGAACCUGUUUGUCAUGCAAGUCAAUUUUUUUAAUUAAUCGUUAUAAUUCAUGUAAAGUAAAAGUAAAAGAUUGCUUCUGUGCAACAUUCAGACAGGUUGAAAUAUUCCUCCUGCACUCACAUAUUUUUUAAUGUAUUAUUUAAAAAGAAAAGGUUUUAAAACUCAGCUACAGACAGAAAUCCAUGCAGUGCUGGAUACCUGGUUUUUAAUGUCUUUAGUAGCAAACACUUCUAUCUUUAAUUGCAUGAAACCCACCUCACUGAGUCGAUGAAUGUGCUAAAAGAAGGAUAUGUG